GCCACGCUUCGGUGGGCGGGGUCUUUGUGACAGGAGGAAGAAGGCUUGUAAGAAACAGCCGGAUCUUAGCUUGAAAAGCCGGGGCUGUUACCUUCUCCAUCGCCGUCUUCUUAACUCCGGGGAUCUAUGGCAAAGAAAGGGAUGAACAUCUGGACCGUUUGCUGCCUGUUGCUCUACGUCAUCACGGCGGUGCUAGCCAGCCGAGAUUUCUAUAAGAUCUUGGGGGUGAGUAAGGAUGCAUCCAUCAGGGACAUCAAGAAGGCCUACAGAAAGCUAGCUCUGCAGCUGCACCCCGACAGGAACCCUGACGACCCCAAAGCACAGGACAAGUUCGCAGACCUGGGAGCAGCUUAUGAGGUCCUGUCAGAUGAGGAGAAACGGAAACAGUAUGACAAGUACGGAGAAGAAGGACUCAAAGAAGGUCACCACGGUUCGCACAAUGAUAUCUUCUCCAGCUUCUUUGGGGAUUUUGGCUUCAUGUUUGGAGGAAAUCGGCAGCAGCAGGACCGGAACAUCCCCAGAGGAAAUGACAUAGUCCUGGACCUUGAGGUCACGCUGGAAGAGGUGUAUUCUGGGAACUUUGUGGAGGUUGUGCGGAACAAGCCUGUAGCCAAAGAGGCUCCUGGUAAAAGGAAGUGCAACUGCAGGCAGGAGAUGAGGACGACGCAGCUCGGACCGGGCCGCUUCCAGAUGACCCAGGAGACGGUGUGCGACGAGUGUCCCAACGUCAAGCUGGUGAACGAGGAGAGAACCUUGGAGGUGGAGAUCGAGCAGGGGGUGCGAGAUGAGAUGGAGUACCCCUUCAUUGGAGAAGGUGAACCUCACAUCGACGGCGAGCCCGGAGAUCUGCGGUUCCGCAUCAAAGUGCUGAAACAUCCGGUGUUUGAGCGCAGAGGAGACGACCUGUACACCAACGUCACCAUCUCUCUGGUGGAGGCGCUGGUGGGCUUUGAGAUGGACAUCGUGCAUUUGGACGGUCACAAGGUCCACAUAGUGAGAGACAAGAUCACCAAACCCGGAGCUCGAAUGUGGAAGAAAGGAGAAGGUCUGCCCAACUUUGACAACAUCAACAUCCGAGGUUCCCUCAUCAUCACCUUCGACGUGGAGUUUCCUCAGACACAACUAGACGAUCAGCAGAAAGACGGUAUUCGGGGGAUCCUGAAGCAGGGAUCCGUACAGAAGGUUUACAACGGACUACAGGGAUACUGAGCCACCGAGCCCAGACUGAUUUCUUUACAACCGCAAGAAUACACUUGUUCAACUCAACAGGAUUGUGCUCCAGCUUUCUGGUCAAGAUGUAUUUAUUAUUUCCAGAUUGUUCUCAGGACGGUUGAAACUUGUUAUAGUUUCUUUUUAAUCAUCUUGUCUGGAGCAGCAACAAUGAUUUUAUUUAAGUGUACAAGCGGACGCCACGUCUGUGAACUCUAUUUUUUCUUUUCCUGUCCCCCCC